UUGUGGAGAGAGCCGGCGCAAUGAAAACAUUCUAAAAUGAAAGCAGGCGAAGGAAGGGCGAGAGAGUGAACAAUCAAAAUAGCGACAUAACAGCAACACACGCCAGCGCGCUCGUCCGCGAUGGCGACCCACAGAUGGACCCGCCAGUGUCACCGCAUCGUCGGCGGAAACGUGGAUUCUGCCUCGUUCGUGCGAUGAACGGCCGCGGACGACGACGUCUCAGCCUUGGGUAUCGUCGGUGUCUACCGAGUGCGGUUGUGCUAGCUUCAGUUCUAAGUGUUCGACCGCGUUGACUCGAGAAGUUUGUGGUGAUCUCGCGUUGGUUCUCGCCAAUUUUCUUCCCUCGGAAAGUGAAGCGUCGUGAGCGCGCAUGUGUUCUCCCGGUGCUCGAGCCGCGACGACGACGCGUCAACAAAGGCUCCGUGAUCCUCGUUGUGCUUAGCGGUGCCGUGGUGCGCUCAGCAUCGUCUCAAUUUUUGCAGUAUCCUUUUCUCGAUCAACUGGCGGCGACUGCCCGGGAGGAAUCGACACGGUGGACCCCUGGGCAUGGCCGAGCAAACGAGGCCUGGCCGUGGCACAGGUCGCCAGGAAUGCCGGCAGCAGCACAAGCCGAAGGGGCGCAAACAGGGCGGCGAACGGCAGUCACGAUGACCAGGAAAGCUCCAUGAGCUCGAGCGUCCUGCGGGCCUGCUCGGCCCAGUACUACAAUGCCUGCCUGCCUUCUGGCGAUGCCCUCCAUCGUAGCGGCAGCGCAAACCAGCUCAAUGGGCAUCACGCGCAGCCGCAGUCGUCGCCGUCCUCCCACCAGUUGCAUGAGAGUUCUGCAUCGGCAGUCCCCCACCAGACAACGGCCGGCAUGAGCAACGCCACGUCGGUGGGGCCUGCACGACCUCAGCGGACGCACAGUGAGCGUUCCCAGCGCACGUCCCGAAUGAGCCUGUACCGGAGCAACAGCUCUCUGGACCUCGACCACAACGCAAGCGGCAAUGCAGUCAGUGAGCCGGGAGCACUUCGCGGAGGCCCAUCGCGGAGGGACUAUGGCUCGGCGUCGUCAUUGGACCUUCUGGCUGCUUCGUCCGGAGGGGACAUCAGUUUCUUUGCACUGCUGCGGGAGUAUCGAGCUAAUCAACGCAGGGAGGACCAGCGAAGCCCCGGACCAGCCAACAUCCAGGAGUUUCUUCGAGGCCGCCUCGACCCUGCCCCGGCGGUCCAGAAUGCCUCAAACACGUUGGCGCACGGAGCGCUUGAGGAAGGGUCAAGUCCGCGCCUUAAGACAAAGUUCCAGCGUCUUCUGGAGCUCCGGGAUCGCGGCAAGAACUGGAGUAGACUGCCCAGUGCCAGCGUAACGACGGGCAGCGUGAGUGCUACUACCGGCAGCUCGAGUGGCGGAGGAAACCAGGAGAGCUCGCUCUUUCGCAAAUGGAAACCAGGUGGUCGGAGCGAGUCCGCCGACGCUCGAAGCCUCGAGCCCUCGCUGCCUGAUCCGGCCGAGGAACGGUUACGAAGGAGAGCACUGGCCCACUACGACUGCCAGAGCCUGGGAACCAACUUGAGUCGUGCGUCGGGCCGUCUGGCGUCCAUACUUGGGAGGCGGAGGAACACGACAACGGGCGCAUCUGCCGCAUCCAUGCUCCAACGAGCGGGAGCUGGAGGCGGGCUUGGCGAAGAUGGAGUGGAAGGCGUUCCGGAUUCGGGGGAUGGCCGGCAGAGUGCGCUGCUACUGAGCUGUCCUUUCUUUCGGAACGAGGUCGGAGGAGAGCAGCAGAGGCAGCUUGGACUUACCAGGGCGACGUCUAGGGGCCUCCGGUCGGGUCGAGGAGGUUCUCCCCGCAACAAUGGCACCAAUGGUCCCUGGCAUCGGCCCACUUGUCUGAGCGGGCUUGCCAUUCUGGAGAGGCCUGGCCUAGACGAUGGAGCGUGUCCCUACCAGCGGCCGGCCACCCUGCUCGAUGGAGUGGACAGGGGUGCCCUCUACUACAGGACACACUUCCACGGCAAAGGUCAUCAGAACUGGUUUGGCAUUGACGAACGACUAGGACCAGUCGCAGUUAGUCUCCGCAAGGACCGUCUUGAUGUGCCAAACUCUGCGAGACCGUCCCCCGGUGGAGCACCUCAGACACUGUAUAGGAUCAUCGUCCGAACGAGUGAGCUGGCUGUGCUGCGUUGCAGCUUGGCGGAAGAGUCUCUGGGCGGCUCGGUGAGCAACGGCCGAUUGAGUGGCAGCGGCAGUGGAGCCAACUCCCUGCCCGUCCGCGAGCUGCUGGAGUUGGCCGCACCCGAGCUGCAGACAACCUGCCUGCGACUGGCCGUGCCUGGACCGGCGACUGAGCAACAACUGCUCAAGCUCGAUGAACAAGGGCUGAUGAAAUCGUACAAGGUGGGGGUCAUGUACUGUAGGGCGGGACAGGCCACGGAAGAAGAGAUGUACAACAACGAAACUGCGGGUCCGGCCUUUGAAGAGUUCCUCGAGAUGCUGGGUCACAAAGUUCGGCUCAAGGGCUUCCAGAACUAUCGGGCGGGCCUCGACAACAAGACGGACACCACCGGCCUGUACUCGGUGUACUCAACCUAUGAGGACUGUGAGAUCAUGUUUCAUGUUUCCACCAUGCUUCCAUACACACCCAGCAACAAGCAGCAGCUGCUGCGCAAGCGUCACAUCGGCAACGACAUCGUCACCCUCGUGUUCCAAGAGCCCCGAGCUCUGCCCUUCACGCCCAAAAACAUCCGGUCGCACUUCCAGCAUGUCUUCAUCAUCGUGCGCGCCAUCGAACCCUGCACCUCCAAGACUCGGUACAGUGUUGCCGUAAGUCGAUCCAAAGAGGUCCCCGUGUUUGGUCCGCCAAUCCCUGAAGGUGCCACAUUUCCAAAGUCCAAGAAGUUCACUGACUUCAUUCUUGCAAAAGUGAUCAACGCAGAAAAUGCUGCCCACCGGUCUGAGAAGUUCGCCACGAUGGCACAGCGGACGCGGCAGGAGUACCUCAAGGACCUUGCAGCCAACUACUCGACCAACACCACGCUCGACUCAGGACCCAAAUUUUCUCUUUUGAGCUUUGGGUCACGCAAGAAGGAGAGGCCGAGGCCUAGGUUUGUGCCAGACGGCUUCGUGCGGGGUGCCAUCUCUUGGUCGGUGCAGGUGGAAGACCAGGGCCAAGGCUGUGUGUGCGACUGCAUCCUGGGCAUCUCGGCCAGCUCACUGGUGCUGCUAGACGAUACCACAGGAGAGCCGGUCUUUGGCUGUGCGACCGCAGCAGUGCUUGGAUGGUCGUCACACAGCAGCAGUCUGAAGCUUUUCUACCACCAGGGAGAGUGCGUAGUCCUUCGGGCACGUGACUCUGACGCUGACGAGGCGCAGGAGAUUGUGACCAGGUUGGCCUGUGUCACCGACGGAUGCGAGACCCAGGAGCUGAUGUUGUGCCGCAACACCGUCGGUCAGCUGGGCUUUCACGUCCAGUCUGAGGGGCUGGUCACUGAGGUCGAGCCGCACGGCCUCGCCUGGGAAGCCGGGCUUCGACGAGGAUGCCGCCUACUUGAGAUCUGCAAGGUGGCUGUGGCAACCCUCAGCUAUGACCAGAUGGUGGACCUGCUCAAGACGUCCGUCAUGGUCAGCGUCACAGUCGUGCCUCCGCACAAGGACGGCAGCCCACGGAGAGGUUGCCCCCUGCAGAACUGCAGCUACUUUGGCCCCGACUACGACAGCAGCGCGGGAUCAGACCUAGGAUCGCCUGGGGGCAGCACUGGUAGCUUGCUCCAAAGGGGAGGGCCCGCACCGGCUGUGGGCCAGCAGGUGCCGUCGUACGCCAAGGCUCGAGCAAGGAGUGAUAUGCAGUUCAGGUGUACCAGCCAACCGCAGAGACCCUGCGAGGCUCCGCCAGCUGAUGAUCGGCCAUCCCCUGUACCCCCACCAGUUCCAGCACGAAUGGCGCGCAGUCCACCGGGAAGGGGCGGCAGCUCGCCAAACGAGCGGCUGGCCCGAAGAGCAGCGUGCAACUCACUGCCGCCCUUAGUCGUGGCACCGCCACUUUCCUCAGCAGCCUCGGGCCAAUCAGUGACACCACGCAGCGGGAGUGGCGGCAGCAGUCCGUCUCUGGCAUCCCUGAUGCUGCUGGAGCCCCUCCCCGGUCCCCUGGUGGUGUCACGGAGCGAACUCAGCCUGGCCCAGCUGUCCUCGCACGAGCAGCGUCAACUGCGCGUGGGCGGCGGAACGGGAGGCGGUGGCCUCGCUUCGUCGUCUUCGCGACAGUCACGGCAACACAGCCCCCUCGACCCUUCCUCGGCAGCUGGCAGGGACACCCAGCACCACCACAGGAGCCAGGGUGACCUCAGCAGUCUAGGAUCAUCGACGUUCAGCGGUCUCGACCGGUGUGGGCCGUCGGUGCAGCCGGUGGCACAGCACAUGGGCUCGGACUACCAGUCUGACAGCUCCAGCGAGUGGCAGCUGGGAGCUGGAAGCAGCGCAGAUGAGCUGUCGACGUGCGGCAGCAGUCAUCUCGGAAGCCCACUGCCUCGCCGUGGUCUUCAAGAGCGAGCCCCAAACCACAGUCCCAAGAUCCGACUAGGUUGUCGUGUUGUGAGCAGUGGCAGCACUGCGACCACAGGUGAGGAGGUGAUGCGCAGUCCACUGGCCAGUCUCCGCCACGCUGUUCCCAGCACGCCACGGUCGGCCAGCGCAACUCACCCGCUGUCGUCGACUGGUCCAUCAUGGUCGCCCUCGUCUGCCAAGGGGGGUGGAAGCAGUGCUGGCAGCAGUGCGGGCAGUGCGGGCGGAGGCUCCACCUUCCAGGAAGACCUGCUCAGACUCAUCGGACCAGACUACCUCGACAGUGAUUCGGAGGAACCCACUUGGUGCCCGCUUGGGCCGUCGGAGCGUCCCCGCUCGGGCCCUGAGACACCGUCCUCAUCGCUGGAGCGUGCUGGAAGACGACAGGGACUGGCGCUGCGUUGCCACUCAGCUGCGGAAGACGUGAUUCUCACCACUGCCCAGCCAGCACAAGUGAUCGCCUGCUGUGAUCUCUCGCCAACUGCCGGAGCAUCGGAAGCAAGUGCAAACAAUGUGGCUGAUAGUGCUAGCUCUGGAAGCAGCAGCAACCUCAAGCAGCCAGAGCAGAGACUGCAAGACCUCGAGGACAAAGUGGUGAAGCUCCAGGAAACCCUAGCCCAGGAGCAGCACAGGAAGGCCAGCCUCGAGCACCAAGUCCGGCAGCUGCAGCAAGAGAACCACCGUCUGCACGAACAGUCCGAGACUGCAAGCGCCCAACUGCGCCGUUUCGCAGACUGGUUUUUCGGACCCUCCGACACGUAGCCAGGCACCCGCAUGAAACUGUCUCGUUUCUGGCUCUUUGUCCGAGAUGGAUUACCUCUGCCGACCAUGGAGCAGUUUUCCCAUGGUACCGAAACUCGAGUUAUUUGGAAACCCGAAUGCAAGGGUCAGUGGUUCAGCAAGUUGUUUUGUCUGCCACAUUCCUUCAUUCUUGUGCUCCUCCAAGACAAGAUGCAAGUUCGUGACAAAGCUCGUCACCUGAUAUGUGAUCACUCAUCUGUGAAAAAUUGUCCGUGAGGCUGGGGUGAUACGCUAUUUCCUCUGCUUCCCUAGCGCACAAGGCGUUGUGUCCUUCUCAAACAACUUCCGGGCAGCUUCAAGACUUCUUUCAAGCCGCUGUUCUCAGCAUAUGUGUCACAAAAAAAAAGGCUGUCCAAAGUCUGCUUCACCGUCCUUCGUGGUGACAGGCCAGAACUUAUUACAAGUGGGGCUUGACUUUUGGCACAGUAAAGCAUAGGGAAAUGUUUGCUGCAGUGUUUCUACAUCUGAAGCAUAGGGCAUUGGAUGGCACUAUUUUGCCAAUAUCUGACUAGAAAAUACUAAAGGUUGGAUGAAUGAACCAUCGUGGUUGUGUAACUCUGAGGCUCAUCUGUAUCAUUGCUUUUCACUGCUUCUGGCUCGAACGAGUGCUGGCUUGUACACAGCAGGCUUGCCUCUUCAAGGAAGCAUCUGCAACCCCAAUGAGUGAAGUGCAGUCUUUUCGUCUGAAGUCGACAUCUUCUUCUAACUCUUGUGUUGGCAAGGGGAGGAACUUUGAAAAGAUUGGAGUGACAUUGAAAAAUGCAGUUCAACGAGGGAACUCGAGUGGUGCGCCCUACCAAUGCGUUUUUUUCGCUGCCAACACGUGACCAGUGGCUAGAGCUGUGCUGAAUCGACUCAAAACUCAACCGUACCUUAUACAUCAAAACUGCUACUCGCAAUGUAACUGUUGUCGCGUGUUCUCAUAGUUGAUGUUCUGUGUGUGUAUGUGUGUAGCUUGUAAAUCUUGCCUGCUGACAGGAAACCGGGUAAGCCGUUGUUGUACGUACUCAGCCCACCAUCAAUUGCAGCCGAAUGUGCUGCAUUUCUUAAGAGAGGAAUGUUACGUGUCGAUCUUUAUUUCAUCUACGUAUACCAUAUGUCGCAUCCUGCAUAAAAACGCUGAAUGUAGUUUGUUUCACCGUGUCGCUACAAGUCUGGCACCCGCAGGUGGUGUUGAGGUUUAUGCAAGCUGGUUACUUGUCAAGGAAUUUGUCAUGUAGUUUUCGAAGUGGGUGCGAUUGCCUUACGUUCUCAAAUUAGCCAAAGCCUGUCAUUUAGCCACAUUUCGGACUGCUUGGAAUGGCAUUCAAAGAUCGAGGCUGAUGACAGCAGAUGAUGUUCAAGCAUUUGCAGCCGAAUUGUCAUUUAAAACCAUUUGUCCCAUUCGGUUAAGCAUUGCCGGUUAUAACGCAAAAUGAGCAUUAAAUAAGAGUCGUGUUUUUAUUGCUGUUGUAAUGAAAACUGUCCCAUAUUUUUUAUAUAUACACUAUUAGGCACUGGCAAUGAAAAACCAAUCAAAAAAAGUCUUGCAUGGAUCUUUAAAGGACUAAUCAGAUAGAAAUUUUCAACAUUUCUUCUUCCUGAAGAUUGUGUGCAAGUGUUUGGCAAAAUUAAGCACGAGUACACUCAAAGCUCAUUAUAACAGUCAAAUAUGCCACAAAAGUACCUUUGUUAUAUCCAAAAGCUCAUUAUAAAUGUGUAUUCUAAAUAUUGUAUGACAAAACCGUUUUUUUUGUUCUUUGUUAUAACCAACAAUUCAUUAUAUCCAGGUUCCUUAUAUUGAGGUUUCAGUGUAGUUUAGCUGGCUUUUCGGAAGUGUGCAAUUUGGUAUAUUUUGUAGAAUCAAGUUAUUGGUAUAUCAAGUUAUUGGAUUGGUAUAUCUAUUCGUUUAAGCUCCAGGGCUCUCUGAAAUUUCAAGCUUAAAAUGUUAUUCAGAAUGUCUUUUUUCCCCAUCAACAUUCCAUUGUAUUAUCAACUGUGCCAAUGAAAGUGCCGCAGCCUUGCAUGUUCAACAACUGAGACUGUCCAUAAUGCUCUUCACCAUUGCUCUUUGCUCACCGUGUGUCAACUUUAGCUAGUAUGUCUAAUGACUGUCUUGAAUGAGAUGCUUUUACAACUCAGAAGACCUUAUUUUAAACAAUUCUUCUGCACAUUGUCCCUGCUGUUGCUCUGUAUCAUGGUAUUAAAUGCACCACUGAACUCAGUCAUCUGUUGCGCUUAGUUGAUAUUUUCAUUCCUGAUAACCAUCGCUUGUCUUUCUUCAAUAAAAAUAACUGCUCCAGCGACGAUCAGUGAAGUAGAAUUAAACCAAACAUGAUAUUUUAUCGUUUGCAUGAUGAAACACUGGAAACACAGCUUUCUGAUUGCAUGUGCCAGUGAUGAAGUGUACUUGCUAUAAUAUUUAGAAACCAAGGCAUGACAUCUGGCUUGUAAAGGUCAGCUAAAUGGCGUUGCACUGUUACUUAAGGUGGCAGCAAAGUUCUCUUUCAGGGCAAGAGAUUGUCCCAGUCUGAUGUGCAAACUUGGACAAGAGUUGGAGAUUAGGAGAAUCUGUCAGUAGGGUCAAAGUGCUGUAUUGAAUGCAAUGCAGUGUGCUUCCUAAUUUCUUUGGCUGUGACAUACAUGAAAAAUAAUUGUUAUAUUCGUGCAGAUGUAUUAAUAGGUGAAAUUACCCUCGUGAGAUUUUUAUGCCUGAAUUCUGCUUCUAGUGUUUUUCUCUGCAAGCAUGGUGAGCACUCCUGCUGCUUAGAGUUUGGCGUGGUCCCCAUUUUCACUUAGCUAACAGUACCUCGAAGCAUGUUCUUGAUGUUGUACAGUUGUAAUUGUUUGUCUCUACUGAACUUUGCUAACUUGUUCUUUUGUUUGGAGUUCACUUUGACUAUUUAGAGUUCCCCAUGCAUGAAGCUGUAGCAAGAAGUCGGUAUUUAGGGGCCUAGCAUGAUGCUUCUCAACCUUGUCACUCAUUCCUACGAUCUAUAAAAAGGGUGUGCUUCUUGUUCUGAUACCGAAUGAGCACCUUCUUCCUUCAGUAUCACUGACGGUGCAUUCUUCUUCCCUGAGUGAUUUCAUGAAAAAACUGUGAUCUAUAUGAACUGUAGCCUUUCCUUUCUUUUACCCAGAGUGAAAACGCAGUAAGUUUCUCAAAAAUGUCGAAGGGCAUUUGGGGCAUUGUGAUUCUCCUACUUUGAAAAUGUCACCCAGCCUGUGAAAGUGCAUUUUAAUGAAUUUCGCAGUUCUAGCACUCUGCAUAGUGUGUCCGCGUUUUUGUGCCAAGGAUAUUUGCAUUGUGGUCGUUCCCUUGGAAGAGUCGUUCUUUUCUUCUUGUGCUCAUAAUAGCUCCCCACAAGGCCGUUCGCUCGUGCUUGUUUAUCAAGCCGUAUGUAGUUUGCAGCAAUGGUAUAACUUUGCAUGCAUGCGCAGGGUUGUUUGCUGUCACUUUCAUGUGAAUCGUUCAUUGCCUCACGCGAACACGCUCAUCAAAAGUGUCUUCAAACCUUGGAUGUCAUGCACAUUAACCACUUCAAGACACAAGGAGAAUCACGUGCUCAAGGUUUUCGUUGUUUCUCCUCUUUUAUGUCUCUAUUUAUGUUCUGAAUUUUUUUUGCCAUUGUGCGACUCGAAAACAAUGCUGCCAUUUUGCUGUGUCCUCUUUAAUGUGGAUCCUGCAACCAGGACAGAAAUGAAGCCAGCACAUCGUGCUCAAUGUACUCAGGUUUUCUCCUGCUUGUUCUUUGAUCUCGGCAGCAUUGACUUGUCCUUGAAUCUUUCACUCUAACUCUGAACAGAGGACAUGGGCCGUGUGACUAUCGCAGGUCUGUUGCUGACGUUUUCACUGCAAUUGUCGGAUUCAUUUACCGCUCAUUCAGGAAAUAGGUGUGUUCUUACGCAUCUAUGUUUCACAGAGGGAUUAACAUUAUGAAUCCUGUAACAUCAUGAAAACCGUGUGGUUUUAAUUUAAGCAUCACCUGUCGAAUCGAGCUAAUGAUGCCGAGUACUUUUUACAGGAUGGAAGUGGUUGGUCAGAAAUGACAAUCUGUUUAACGAAUGCUUGAUAGGUGUUGUGUGUAUGGCUUGCUAGUUUCUUGGUUGGCCACUGUUAAGUUAUUUAAUGAGUGUUCAAUCGAAUUACUUGCUGGCGCAUAAGAUGGUCAGUGGUGCUGCGUAAUGGGGCAGCUGGCAUAUUUAGACAGGACUCGGUGCGCGACAUCUCUCUGUGAGGUUUCCUUGGGGUUUCAUCGAAACUAAGUUCUAUGUUGCUGAAGUGCUGCACAUUUGUUUGGAACACAAGUGUUUCAUGCCUUGUUGACCUCCUCUAACGAUGUCAAAGAGUGUCAUUCCGCUUUCCAAAAGAGUCUUUUUGCUCAGCCUGAUAUUUUGCCCUCCUGUAUGUUUUCGUGUGAGAUGCAGGUAUGUCACGAGUGUCACAUGGCAGCUCUCUGUGCAACUCGUAGCCACGCAACUCCAGAUAACUCGCACCCAGUGCUCUCGCUGUAUCAGCCAGUGUCUUCCCGUGCACGGUGCCGAGACAGUUGUUUCUUAUGUUGGCUGCGCACAACGUUGUGAAGCUUUCGUGAAGCAGCCGUCUUUUUUGACAUGUGCAAUUGCUGCAUUGUUAGCAAGACAAUAGGAGUAGUGCAUUUGCUUGAUGCAGCAGCCUAACGUGUGUGUUUGAACCAUUCCUUUUUUUUUUCUUGACCUCAAGACAGAAGCGUCACCUCUGCAAGUGUAAACAUUUUGUUGUUUUACUUCAAAUCCUCAUUUAACCACAUCUUUUCAGUUAUAUACUUCUUGUACAGUACCUCAAGCUCUUUUAUUCACUACGAAUUUUUAUGAGUGUUCAUUUUUAUAGCGCCACCUUCAUCUGACAUUGUAGGUUGUCUGCAUUUGUGUGUUUGAGAGUGUCCUUUUCUUUUAUUUGCUGCUGCUGUUUGCGCAUUAAGAAUGUUAAGACGAAAAUGCCUCCCGUAUUUCCCCGUUCCUGCAGAUUUCCUUUUUUUUUUUUGUUGAAAAGCAAUAAUAAAAGUAGCCAAAGAUGCGUUCGAAAAGAUCA